CCAAACGUAAUCGGACAAGAAUUAGCCCGAUUGAUGCAAUUUCCGUAAACCCCAAGACGCAAGAAGGCCAUCGAGAAAACUCUUGCCCAGCGCUCAAACCCGUGCGCGGGAAUCUUCGGGGAGAAAAUAUUUCCCGCGAGAGAAGUGUCGUUUCCGAUUUCGAUCUUUUUCGCAAGUCACGAGUCGUAGGCCGUGAACUCUUCCGAAACCUGAAGUCAAUCCGACAAUUGGGAAAAUGGAUUCCUCCGUCUGGAGGAUCGCCACCAUCACCGGCCAUUUCCAGCACCAGAGAGUAGCGGUUGUGGACUUUAACACAGGAGGCGUGAAGUUAAAGAUAGCACCAAAAGUUUCUGAUGCCAUCUCACGGGGUCUUCCAGUUGUUGCCUUGGAGUCUACAAUAAUUUCUCAUGGGAUGCCAUACCCACAGAAUUUGGAGACUGCACUAGAGGUUGAAAAAGUUGUCAUGGACAAUGGUGCUGUUCCUGCAACAAUAGCCAUACUCAAUGGUGUUCCUUGCAUAGGUUUAAGCCGUGAAGAGUUGGAGCUACUUGCAAGGCUUGGCACUAAAGUUCGCAAAACUGCUCGCAGGGACAUCCCUUAUAUUGUUGCAACAGGAGGUAAUGGGGCAACAACUGUUUCCGCAACCAUGUUUUUUGCUGCAAAGGUUGGCAUCCCUGUUUUUGUCACUGGAGGCAUUGGAGGUGUACACAGGCAUGGAGAAAAUACGUUGGACAUUUCGUCGGACCUAACUGAGCUUGGAAGAACUUCAGUCGCAGUUGUCUCUGCUGGGGUUAAAUCAAUUCUUGACAUCCCGAGGACUCUUGAGUACUUGGAAACACAAGGUGUUACUGUUGCUGCAUACAACACCCAAGAGUUUCCUGCAUUUUUUGUUGGAUCAAGUGGCUGUCAGGCACCUUUUCGUGUGGAUACACCUGAGGCUUGUGCAAGACUCAUAGAUGAAAACAUGAAACUUGGCAUGGGCUCUGGCAUUCUGAUUGGGGUUCCCAUUCCAGAAGCUCAUGCAGCUUCAGGCACUUUGAUAGAGUUGGCAAUAAAGAGAGCGCUUGAUGAAGCUAGGGACAAGAACAUUGUUGGCAAUGCAGCGACACCCUUUCUACUUUUUCGAGUAAAUGAACUCACCGGUGGAGCUUCACUGGCUGCAAAUAUUGCACUUGUGAAAAACAAUGCUCGUGUUGGUGCGGAGAUUGCUGUUGCUCUUGCAAGUUUGAGGAAAGAGAGUUAAGAAACAGGGUCUAUGUUGCUUAUUCAUGGUAUAAAUGAAGGCAUUGCAAACUGAGCAAACAGCUGCUUGAUUUUAUUCAUGUCAUGUGUAGCUUGCGUACGUAGUUGCUCAAUGCAAUUUUGUCCUGCUGGGUAGUAGAAGCGCGAAGAUCCCUGCUCCACACUAUUUCUCGUGUCCUUCCCAUGAGUCUGAUAAAAUUGCGGAUUAUGAUCAAUUUUGAUUCUUUGAUUUUUUUUUAUUUUCUAAAUUUUGAACUUAUACACCAUGUCCCGCCGUUGAUUAUUUGAUUUUGAAUAUGUGCACAUGUUAUGUGCAAUUAGAUUUAUAAGAAAAACAUAACCGAGAAGAUUCAAUGUUAGACGGCUGUUUGUAUCCA